GGAUGUCCAGUGGAUCUCAAGGACGACUUUGGAAACACCUUGCUCAACAUCGCAGCUCAGAAUGGACACAAGAACAUCAUCAAAGCUCUUCUGCGGAGAGGAGCGAAUAUCAACACGCAGAAUCACAAGGGCAACACUCCCCUUCACUUCUGCUUCACCUACGGCUUCACCGACCUCGGGAAUUAUCUCGUCCAGAAGGGAGCCGACGACACCAUCGAGAACGUCUCCUGCCUCACAUGCUACGAAGGACUUGGAAACGAC